AUGCAUCAAAUCCAACUUGAUCCAAACAUUCUCCGCGGUCUUGCUUCCCGAACAGCGAUCAUCACGGGAGGUGCAGGAGGAAUUGGCGCAGCCACUGCGAAGAUCUUCAAUCAGCACGGUGCCAAUGUUGUCAUAGCAGAUAUUCCUGCCCUCGAGGACAAGGCCAACGCAAUUAUCGCGUCAUUUCUUGCGCUUCACGGGCUCUCUUCGUCCCUGUGGAAAUCUUGA